GGUAUAGUCGUUUUAGACAUUUUAAUGCAGAAAAGUUACAUGUUGUACCUUUAAAAUAUAUCACACAGAAGCCACUGUAAAAAGUAAACAAAGACUUGAGUCUGACAUGGUGUUUUCACAGGUGUGUAACAAGGAAUCGGCUCCUCUGCUGCUGACGGUAACAGAUAGAGACGGACCGGGCUUUGCUGGUCCUUACAGCGUCUCUUUACAGGGCAUGUCCAAGAACCACUGGAUCGCAAGGAUGGACAAAUACAAAACAGGCAUUGUCCUGAAUUUAUCCGCUGAUCUAGACAGUGGAGAGUACACUGUGGUCCUGAGGGUUGCAGACAACGAGGGCCUGGCGCGGGACAUCAGUGUACAGGCCACAGUGUGUGACUGCACUGGGGAAGAAGUGUAAUCCUGGGAAUGUUGGGAGGCAAUCUUGUGCUGCUCAGUAAUGUAGUAUGUAAAGAUGCUUAUGCUUACUCUGCUGUGAAGGAAGUGGUUGGACUUAGGAUGAUUUAAAGGGUUUAGAAAGUAUUAAAAAAACAACUAUUUUCAACUAAUUUUGUAUGUAUUUGUGACUGAUGGGAACAACAAUCUUUAAAAUUGGUCCAGUAUUAAGCAAUAUCGCUGCAGUCAGCAGUCAGCGAAACAAGCUACAAUGUAAGUUAAUAGGGCACCUUCAAUUCACAUCCACAAAAAGCUGUUUUACCACUGACACGCUCCGAUUAUUGUUCGGAGUAUCUGACAACAUUAUGGAAAGGAUCCCUACAGAGGUAGAUCUUACUGUUAAAGAGUGAGAUUCUUAUUUUUUAAACAUUAAAACAUUCCUGAAAUUGCUAUCA